GGUCUUUCCAGGGAAUCUCUGCCUGCGGCCGUGCCCGGGCGAGCCCCGCGCCUCCAUGGCCGCGCCCGCUGCGCCUGAGGGAGGUUGCCUUUGCUUGGUUGAUACAAUAGCAGAAGAUCCAGAGGUUCUACAAGGAGAUGCUCAAACAUACUAUGAAAAACUCUUGAAGAAAUCAUUGCCCACUGCUGAUGUUUUUUGCAUCCCUGGAGGACAAGAGGUUAAACUUGAAGAUUCCUGUGUGUGUUUUGUCCCCCUCUACCGAAAUAAUCCUACUUGCAAACUGUUGCUGUUAACUGAUCCAAAGGAUAAAGAGACAGUCUUGGCAGUUUAUUUGGGCCGGCGUUGGUGGCCUGUUGAAGAGGUGGUGAAGACGGCUGAUCCUGCUAGAGAUGGGCUCCUUUUGGUCCAGACAUUUGCAGAAAGGAUUGUCCUCUUUGUUCUGAACUACAUUAUUUUUGGAAUGCUGGAAGGGAGUUCAGCUAAUGAUGCAUUCUUUCUACCUCACUCUGCCACCGAGUGUGCCAAGAUGCUCUGGAGGAACGGCGAGGCUGUUGCCUUUUACUCGGUGAAGAUGAAAGGGAGCCUGUGUGAUGGUACAACCAGUCAGUGUUACUUGCUGCCAGUCUUGGAUACUAUAUUUGUCCGGAGAAAGUGCAGAAGAGGUGGCCUAGGGAUGAAAAUGCUGCAUGAUUUCUGUCAGUCUUUCCUGGCUGAGGAUGCCUUGGGGAUCAGCUGCCCUAUUUCUGCUGCCAUGUAUCAAGUUUGCCAGAAAUUCCUGCAGGUUUAUCCCGAGGAGCAGAAGCGACUGUGGGAGGUGGAAGCACCGGGAGAUUGGAGCCAACGAGUGAAUAUCUGGUUAAAAAUUCAGAUGGAGUUAUUCCCUUCAGGAAAGGCAGCAGUGGACUCUCAUAUGGAGAAUACUCCAGCCAGUAAACCCAGGCAAUCAGAAGUGGACCAGAUGAAUAAGGGUGUUGAAUGCUUUCCUGGUGCUGGGAGAGGGGCAGGAGAUGCCACAGAGAAAAAAGAUGACACAGCAGCAGCAGGGACUCUAAACCCACAAGGUCCUGAAGAAGAGGACUUGGAAAAAGGUGCAGGCAAUACUCGGCAACACGAAGGACUCAGGAAAAGAGCAAGCCCCGGGGACUUGGUUGGAGACAAGGCCACCAAACAAUUUAGAACUACACCAUAAUUGCUGUUUCAGAAAUCAGCAAAUUCAGUAUAGUCUUAAAAAUUGUAAUUGACUGUUCUUAAUUUGUGACACUGCAGAAAUUUCUUCAGGUAAGAUGUAAUUUUUUUGCAACACGUGCUCUCCGUUUUAUGUUUUGUUUUAAAUAAAGCUUUUGUUUACUCAAUGUCCUUUCCUUUUUCUUCUCACCAAGUAAUUAAGUAGUAGCUGAGCCUAGUUAUUUCCCUGCUCUGAAAAGAUUUUAUUGGAUUUCAUGAGGUGUCCAAAAGGGAAUAAUUGGAGGGCUUGUAGGUACUGAUGUAAGAAGACAUUUCUAUGGAAACCACAUCCUGCAUUAUGGAAGAGAGAUACCACAACACACGUUGGUAUCAGAAUGACAGUUGUAACCUUCCUUUCAGAGUGAACAAUUGAUCUUGAAUUGCUUUCAUUUGAGCUUUUCUAGCAGAAAAAUCUGCCUUCAACCCUGUGGUGGACAGGAUGGCACACAAAGGCCAUUCAUGCAGGAAAAGUUUGGUGCAGAGAAGGAGGGUGAACAGAGCUACAGGCAUUAAACUGCCUUUCAGUUCAGGCACUGUUACAAUGCUAUGUGUAAGUUCAGGGUGUAGGACUUGGUGUAGAUUCCACAUUGCAUGUUUUAUUCCAUGUAGGCUCUUUGCUAAUGUUUUGCAUUUAAUGAACUCGGAAAUAUAACAUAUUUCACUGGAUUGCUCAUGUUGUGGCUUGGUAAAGAAAUUUUGUUCUUUUACCACAAGCUGGAUAUGUUAGAAUAUUUUUUUUUUAUUUUUUUUUUAGUGGGGACUUUCUAAAGCUUGAAUGUUGUGUUAAUGAUUACAGGUGAAAAUUGUAAGGAUCAGAUCGUUAGUCCAGUGGCAGAGAAGGCUUUGCAGAGAGAUACUUCAGUGCUGAACAGCAGUAGGGGCCUGACGAACCUGAAGAGAUCCAGCAAACUGUAAUUCUUAAGUCAAUGCUUUGGAACAAGGAAAGGUAGCUAUUUCUUUCCAGAUACUAAUCCAGCAUUUCCAGGGCGACAGUUCUGUAGGCAGGCAUUGUAGGUACACUGUGGGGAUGUGUAUUUUCCCCCCUGUACAGCAGAAUUGCUCACUCAUAGCCCUGUCACCCUGUUUUGGUUUAAGGUCGUGAUUUAACGUUGCAUUUAUCCCUGUAUCCAAGUAACUCCUUCCCCCUUGAGCUGCUCUGUAAACCAUAUGCCUGAGACACAUAGAAAUCAGACCUUCCUAGGUAUCUCUUAAAAAAAAAAAGCUAUAAUUGGAACAAGUUUUUGCCAAGAGAAUUAAAACACUGGAUCGUGUGCCAGCCUUAAUCACGUUGCUAUGGUUCUCUUGUCUCAAAGAAAGUGCAUUUAGGACUAACUUUAUAGUCAGUUAGUCUUCAGAUUGUUGAAAAGUCACCAAGAGUGUGCUAUGAAGACUGCCACAAACUCCAUGUCCUCCUGUGCAGCAUUCUUACUCAAUGUAUGGUUAAAUACAAACCUUUUUUUUUAAGAAAAAAAAAGAAAGAGAUAUUUGUGAAGACUUGCAAUACCAGUUGUGCCUAAGAAUGAUAAAAAAUCAUUAUAUCUACUCCUGAAAGCUGAUUCUGGUAUUGCAGGAGCCUGGCCUCAUGUCUAGUUUGCACAUUAUAUUGUAAUGUCAGGGUAAGGUAAGCUGGGGUUGUUACAGCAAGUGAGGAACCUUAAGAAAUUUAACCUGAAUUAAGUCUUUCCACAAAAUUUUAUCUAAGAAGGCCCCGGGAAAUGCUAUAUGAAUUUAUAUUAGAAUAAAGGAGAUGGAUAAGGUACUGUGUGUGGAAUGGGCAGACAACUAAUGAGAUUCAAUUCAUUCUAUAUCUGGAGAUACUUUGAUUUAGAGGAAAAAAACAUCAAUUUUUCAAAAUCCUCCAACUGAAUUUAUGUUUCACCUGUUAACCAGUGAUCCACAGCCUGCAUUAGCACCACUUUACUGGGCCUUCUCACAGAAAAGUUGCUGCUUUCCUCUGUGUGUGAAUUGUCUUUCCUGAGUUUGUUUAGGUUUUAGUUUUCUAAGUGUCUCUUUUUCAUCAAAAAUUCACAUGGUGGCAGCUGGGCCUCUUAGAGAAGUAACCAAAGGUGCAUUUGCUGAGGUGGUGUUGGCAGUGCUCGAUACUCUCUAAUCAAAGUGAUCACAUCAUCCUUCUAAUCAAAACUUGUGACUUAUUAGAGCCAGGAAUUCUGAGGUCCUACUUAACUGUACUAAACUCCUGGGCUACAGGUUUCUUACAGGUUUCAGGAUGGCACAGGCUUGCUCCAUGUUAGUUCAGAAAUGCUGACUUACAGAACAAUUAGUCUGAAUAUUGAUUUUGUUUCCCUUUUUUUUUUUUGUUCUAUUAGUGCUGUAAGGUAUCUGAUUAAUUCAGAAGCCUGGACUUGCAACUCUUUUUAGCAGUCUGAAGCUCUUCUCAGAUCACAGGAAUCUUAAGAGGGUCUGAAACAGAAACAGAUCUAAUAUUUUUGCUUUCUUAACAGAACAGCAUAGAAAAAACUCACCCAACAGCACAAACAUCUUUUUUCUCUCAGUGGAAGUUCUUUUAUUUGAAAGAAAUCUGCAUUUACUCAAGGAUAGGAUGGUUUCAGAGCGCUGGAAAAGUUGGCAAAGGCUUGAAAGAGCAUUCCAGUUCUUGGAGUUAAGUUUUCAAAGCCUUAGAUUUAAUCUCUUUCUGAAUCUACGCUCUGGGUGUGGUGUCACACAGUCGUGUUUCUGCUGAGGAGAUGAGGUGAGUGUGUGUGUGUGUGUGUGAGAGGGGUGGCAGGUCUGCUCAGAGGGAAUUUGUUCCUGUAGUUCUUACAAGCACAGACACUCAAGUUUGGUCUGCAGUGAAGAUGUUGGACAUCCAGAUCAGUGUUAGCAGUGAUCCAGUGGGUGUGUGCCAAGUGAAUAAAGCAUUGGAAUCGCUCUCAAGACAAGUAAACAUAUGGAUUUUAAGGCUAGAAAUUUCAUUACGUUAAUCUCUCCUGAUGCUUCACGUAAUGGAAGCCAGACAAUUUCAUGCAUGGUCACUGCAUCAAAAAAAUCAUUGGUUUUGGUUGAAACAACCCAUUUUUUAAGAAGGAUUGUUUUGAUUUGCAGUUUUGGUUUUCAGAUGUUGGGCAGCGGGAAAUCUGCCAUGUUCCUUGGCAAGUUGUUCUAAAGUUUUGUCUUUAUGAGUGCAUCCAGUUACUUUAGUCUGAAUUAAUUUUGUUUUAGUCUCCUGUGAUGGAUUUUGCUGUUCUGUUUAAUGCUGGGCUGUGGCUGUCGUGCUGUCAGGAUUCUUUCAGCGUGGGGAUGGACACCUUGUGGUCCGUCACGACAUCAGCGCACAGCUCUGGUUUUUGGAUCUGCCUCUCUGAGGCAGAUUUUCCUGACCUUGCUUCAUUCUCCCUGUCCUUUCAGAUAGAUUUUCAAUUUUUCAGAUUCCUCUAAGAAGCCUAAAUAUCAUUAGACCCUCCCCCCAUUCUGGUUCCAGUCACGCUGAGUGUUCCAGGACUGCUGUGACCUGUGGUUCUAAAUCAUCGCGGGAUCCUUUUGUGCUCGUGGGUGUUCUGAUGGUGACCAUGCACUGUAAAACUUAAACUUAAUUAAGAGGUGUCUGUUUUAAAGUGUUGUCUGUGAUGGCUGCACUGAAAAUGCAGCUGAUCUUGUGUCACCUGUGUCGGCACCACGAGAUGGCACCAUUACACAGCAUAACUGUGUCAUCGUCUCUUGGGGGCUUGAGACCCUGCCCAAGAUUUAAAUGCAUCACUCGUUGGCUUGACUUCUUCAGAUGGAGGAUGAGGGUGUGGUAAAGCUUGUCUUGUGUUUGUCGUUCAGGCUCAUUUAUCUGUGGAGUUCUUAUUUUUUAAAAUAUUUGUGAAGCCAAGGAGAAGUCAGAGUAGGACAAAAUGCAAAUUGCAUCCAGACUGUGCCCCUCUGUUCUCUUGUCUCAUCAGGGGUGGGACUUUCCACGUAGUAUCUCAUUGUUUUCCAGCAGAUGAUUCUGUCUCUGUGUUCAACAGAUAACUCGAGCAUCUAAUUUUUCAUUUCUGUCCCUUCUCUAACACAUACUUUGCAUCAGAGAACUCCUGAGCACUUUCAUGUAAUAGCAACUGCCAUGUAAUAUACUGGUAAUACUCCCAGCAUUAGAAAAGAAAGGAUGGUCUCUAUUUGCCCUAAAGGUUAAAUUUUCUUCCUUUACUACUGUGUUUUACACAUGACAAUUUCAAAGGAGAGAAGGGCAAUUAAGUAAGCAGAUGAUUUAAUCUAAAUUUUAUUUUUUCAUUUUUGGAAACAUUUACUGUUUAGUUAAAUUGAUAAAACAAAACUUUAGUGCAAAGAUAAAGUUGUAAUUAAAGGCAGGUCUCCAUCCUAAUCAAAGUUUGCAAUACAAACAUUUCAAGGGAAGUUGUUCUCCGUUCUUUCACUUGCUGUUGCAAAGCCCAAUGCUAACUCUGUUUUUGGGGUGAUUUCCCAGUUCUCCAGGCCUGCAGUAUCACUCCAUGAUUCCUGUGGCAUGAUACAUCUCCCUGCUAAGUGGCAGGAGCUCUGUUCAACUCUGAGUUUAUCACAUCAGUAACUUGGGCCAACAUCAAUGUAUUAUGGGAUCAGUUUGGACACUCCUGGAAUUCUCUUGAAGCAUCUGCUAGAACUCACCUUAUUGAAAUUUCUGGUGCCUUCUUUCUGCUGUGGUUUUUGUGUACAAAUUUUAGAGGUUUGGGAAUAGAAAUUAAACACUAAAUAACCACUUCUGACUUGUAUUACUCGAUUCUGCCAAGUGAGUGAUCCAGAAGACGACCUAACAAGUAGGUGUCAAAGUAGAAGAGAAUCGGGGAUGUUAAAAUCCACAUUUUAGUGUCCUUUCCUGUGGAUGAAGAAGGGAGGGAACAGUCUGAAAUUCAACUACAUGGAUUCUUGUUAACAUUUGCAUAUUAAGGAUGUUGCAGAAAAAGAGGAAAUUAAUGUGUCCAAAUAGAAUUUCUGCUUUGUAAAAUUUAUUGCUCAACUGCAUAAACAAAGAAUGCAUUCAGCUGUAGUUCAUUGUUUGGUACUGACUUAGGCCUUCCUUUAUGUAUUUUUUGUUACAGAUGAGAAUGCAAUAAAAUAUAAGUACAUGGGAGACAA